CGUUUGAAUGUAGCCGACUCUGAUCUAGCCAGGAGCCGGUCAACCUUCUCUUCAAGAAUAUCAAUUCUCCUGCGCAGCGCCCCCAGUCAGCACAAGAUUCUAGCAGCGGGGACAUUCAUCAGAGUGCUGACUUGUUGCGCCGACUCCCAUCAGACUUGGAGCGUGCUUGACGAAAGACACAUUCUUUUCCUAAACGUUGACAUCUUUAAUUGUCAGCCCCCUGGGGAUGACAGAUCAGUUGUUGCGCUAUGCUGACCGUUGGCAACUUCCGCCAUCUGCGGAUCGAACACAACGUAUCUUGCCACGAGCACAAUUGUGGCAAGUCUUUACCAUGGGGACCUGCGGUGUGGUCGCAUCCGAGCUCGUAUCGGGAGUCAUUGAUGUGUCCGACGUAUAAAUUCUACGGAUUUAAUGAUAGUUGAAUGCCCAAGUUUGAGAGGGGAUGGAAGAGUUUAGCGCUGAUGGUUGAGAGAAGCUGCCGCCUCAGGCACCAAUAUAGUACUAUUGCUCGACAUAAAAUGUCCAGGAUCACCGGCCAUAGUGUCGUUACUCAGCCCACACGGCGCUGUCUUAGACAUCCAACAAGGGAAUCAAGCAGCAGCAGCGGUUUCAGAGAGUAUCUGCAGCCUUUCUUCUUGAUAAUAUGCGCUGUCGGUCAGAUGUGCCAAGGGCCUCAACCCCACGCUCGGCUGGUCUCCGGUCUUCAGCAGGCGGAUAAACAACGUGCCUUGUGCCAAGAUUCUCUCUUCUCUGUCAGCACAGAAGCUGACGCUGCGCCUCAGCAGAAUGACGCGCUGUUUUGUCGGUAUGGGCGCGUUCUUCUCGGGGUUCUUAUCCCGAGCCUAAGCCCGUGUCCUUGUCCGUGUCCGUGCCCGAACAACACGGCUUGUUUCAAGGGGCCUACCUCGAUCUACUCUCGAGGGCUUACUGACCCAGGCAGCUCAAUUAUUAACUUCAGCCUCAAAAUGCAGCUAAGCCAACAAACAUCUUUGCUCUUCCUUCCAUUGGGAAAAUACAGGUCUAAAUUUAGUCCUUCAGAGUUGAUGCCCAUCGUGCAGCAAAUCAUGUACCAGAAGCUACGGCCGAUGCCCCAGUGCUUACCCACGUUUACGGUCUAGGAUGCCAAAUUAUUGUUGAUGUAUCGACGGUAGUGACGGCCGUUGAUACUAAAGAGCUAGAAACAUGAGUUGGGAAAAGGGCUUAGCAAUUGAAGUCAAGCUGUUGAGCAGGCACCGAAGUAACU